CUGCUCUACGCCAAUGCCUGCGGGACAAAAUGCGGAUGCAAACUCGCUUCCCCCUCGCAUAUCCAAGCUCGCACACGUGAUUUGCUUGCUUGCAGUGUGAAUGAUCCUUUAACCCAUCCAAUCAAUCAAGCGCAUCAUCAUCAUCACAAUUCGCGCGUAUUGUUAAAAAGCAAAACAAUAUAUUUUUCUUUCUAUAUGCUACUUUUUAAAAGGAAUAUUUACUUUCUUUGCUUUCUUAGCAGUGAAAUUAUUUUAAGUUUAUCCAACAUUUUAGACUUUUUCUCUGUUUCGAGAUCUGUUAUAGUGCUUACGAUUACUUUUGCUUCGAUAUGAAUUCCGAGGACAGAAACUAUUCUACUCUUGAAGAAAUGAAAGAUCACUUUGAAAAAAGAACGGACGCUAUAUCUGAUUGUCUCAAGUAUAGACCCGUUGACGGAGAUGUUGCGAAAAGAUUUUGUUUCAUAAAGAGUGCCUUAUCCGAGUGGAGUGGAAUUUUUAAAGAAACUAGAAAAGCACUUAUUGCUAAUAAAGAAACUGUUUUAGACAUGCAGAACUUGCUUGAAAAAGUGGAAACUAUUAUGAAAAGAUUAGAUCACAUGGAGAGUAAUUUUCCUGCAGUGUUAAAGAAACCAGCUGCAAUUCAGGAAAAAAAGGCUGAAACUACUUUAAAUAAUGUUUCAAAGGAGAAUGCAGCUCCACCAGAUACAAAAGUUUCCAAAGUAAUUGCUCAGGUGGCAUAUGUAACUCUUAAAGAAUUUGAUACUGUUCCUAAGUACAUGAAAGGGCGCCUUAAAUAUGAACAGAUAAAUAAAUUUGUUGAUGAUUUUAAUGCUGUUGUAACAAAGAAAUAUCUUUUGAUGAGAGUGCCUCGCAAAGAAUUAAAACCCCAACAAUUGGAUGUUGUUAAAAAAUUAAAAGGACAAGAAAAUAGUGAUACUAAAGGAUUCUACUUUUGUACUUCAGAUGAUUUGAAAGAGUAUGGAAAUAUACGACCUGAUAAAAUCUCUUCAAGUAUAAUAACAAUACUGCGUCAUUGCCUAAAAGUUAAAGAAAUAAGAAGUCCUGGAAUUAUAAGAUAUGCAAUCUUAGUCUGAUUUUAGAGUCUGUUUAUAUUCUAUGGUACAGAUCUUUAAAACUUUUAUAAAUGAUUAGUGCAUUGUUUGUAUAUUCCCAGAGAUAUGCAAGAGAGUUUUGUAAAUAAUUUAACGAUAUUUAUAUAUAUAUAGGCUCAGUUGGUCUUUCCUGAAGGUAGUACAAAUGAACCUGCAGCUUAAUACAAUAUGCAUUAUCAAAAUGUUUUAAAUAAAGAUUUAAAAAUAAAUUUUUUAAUUAG